CGAAAACGAAACUCUGGUGCCGUCGUCAUCGUCAGUCGUCAUCCCGCGGCAUUAUACGCUCGGCAAUCCACGAAAUGAUCGAGUGCGAACGAUCUGACGACGACGACGACGACGGCGGCGGCGGAAGAGGUGCAGAACAAUUCAGCCCGCUGCCGCCGCAGCUACAAAACAUGUGGUCGGACGCGGAAUCGAGCGGUCGCGGCGCUGGCAACGGCUGCGCAGAACAAGCGCGAUGCGAGCGACAUGCCGACCGGUCCGUGUUAUUGCACGGCCUGUGCGCGGUCACCAUCGCUCUGGCCGCGGCCCGGAUCCUCCCGGCUUCCGCGUUCACCGCGUUGACAGCGCUGGCCGCGUGCCUGGUCGGCUUCCGCGUCCUGUCACCGGUGCUCAGAACGCUGUCGUGCAGCCUGUUCCGGUUCUGCGGACCGUGCGGUCGCAGAUCUGCCGAAGCGAAUGCCAUCGAUCAUGGCGGUCCCAGAAACGGCGGACGAUCCGUUCCGCAACGACGUCCGCCGGCGCCGCCAGCUACGACGACAAGCGGCGGUGGCACGCUGCCGCUUGUCAAACGCGGUCUGCGAUUGCUGAUGCGAGUGAUGCGAGGCGUCCAACGCCCCUUCGUCGUUCGCCCCAGACGUUCACGACGGUCGACGCGUCGAUGUCACGACACCGCAAGCAGGUCCGUCACCAACGUCACCGCCACGGAGACCGUCGAGACGGUGUCGGGUUCUCGGGCCGGCAACGAUUACGUUCACUGCAGCCAACGUCAGUACCAGCUGGUACGCACCUCCAGAGGACAGCGAUGACAGUUGUCUUUAAGUGUUUUGUGGUUACAUAAUAUUAUUUGCAUCGAGGGAGUAUACUCGUCGAUCGACGGCGAGACUUUUAAUUUAAAAGGCAUAUCUUCGACAUUUUUUUCAACGUUUAUGGCGGAUUUCAUUGAAUUGUACCGCGUCGAUAUGCGCAGUCAUCAAUCCGCAUUAACUCAACGAUCGUUCGGGUUAUAUUAUUAUGUUAUAUGAUGCAAUUUAAGUUUAAUACGAAUACAAUUACCAAUACUUGUAGGUACCUAUAUGUUGCAUACAUAUUUAUUUUGUACAUUUUUUUUAGUUGGGUAGUGUCUACUACUAUAGGGUAAUAUAUUUAUUUUUACACUGUUAUAAUAUAUAAUAUUUUGUGUAGAUUUAUUUUGUGAUGUUAAUCUACUACACCUAAACAUUUAUGUUGCAAUUUUAUAAAAUAAAUACUGACGAUUUUAAAUAUACUUUCAAAGUCUUAUGCAAU